CCUGAAAGCAUCGCGACAUACUUAUUAGGGAGGCUAGUAGUGCUAAGAGAAUAUGAAAUAUAUAUAUAAAGGCUCUAUAACAAGUCUUUAAUAAUUAAAAGACAAGACCACUAUCAAUUAUCAAUCUGUAAAUUUCGAGAAUUUCAAAAAUCCUUAUAGUAUAUACAAUGGCCCCCCUCUACAAGAAAACCCUCAUCAUCGGCGCCACGUCCGGCAUAGGCGAGGCCCUCGCCGCAAAACUGCACGCCGAGGGCACUUCCGUAAUCGUGACGGGCCGCCGCCAGGAUCGUCUCGACGCGUUUGCUGCGAAGCACCCCGGGUCCAGCGGUGUCGUAAUCGACAUCGCCAAGUUCGAUGAGAUCCCGUCCUUCGUCGCCUCCGUCACGCAGCAGCACCCCGAUAUCGACAGCGUGGUGCUUAACGCCGGUAUCCAGCGGCCGUUCAACUUCGCCAAGCCCGAGACCGUAGACCUGUCUACGUUCGCUGAGGAGUUCAACACCAACUACGUGUCUUUCGUGCAUCUAGUUAAGGCCUUCCUGCCGCAUUUACAGCGCGUAUCUAAGGGUACCGAGGCACACUUGAUAUUUGUAAAUGCCUCGCUAGCGCUUGUACCGACGUUAACCCGCACACCCGGGUAUAACGCCAGCAAGGCAGCGCUUCACGCCUUUAUCGUGAAUGUGCGACAGCAAAUCAAAGACGCCGGUUAUAAGAUCCGCUUUGUCGAAGUAUUCCCACCCGCGGUGCAGACAGAGAUCCACGACACGAAGCACCAACCGGACAUGAUAAACGGCCACGAGAUAGGCAUGCCCCUUGGCCUUUAUACCGAGCGGAUGUACGAGGGCCUGCAGAAGGGCGAUGAGCAGUUCGCUAUCGGACACGCAGAGGAGUGGCUUGCUGAAGGCGGCUUCGAGGCUACGCGGGCGAAGCUAUUCGAACAAGGUCAUGCCACCGUCAAGGGGGCCCUAGCGAAGUAUGUGAAGAGUACCUAGGUACAUAGUCUAUAAACUCAAAAUAGCACAUAUAUGUGAACAUUCUAUACUCUAUACUACCUAUGUAUAGUUUAGUUAUCAUUGCGUAAUCCCCUUUUAACGCCGGUUCUAAAAAUUGAUCUUGAACGCCUUGUUUUAGUGUAAAUCUAAUGGACAAGAAACAUCUAAUAGGGCGUAUUAGGAAUUACUCAUCAAAAUUUAAACGGAUCCAACUGGUCUGCCGCGGCGCGGACCUUGCUCGUAACAUCGUCAAG